UUAUAAUAAUAAUGUGAUGAAUAACAACAACAUCAUUAAUUAUUCAUGAGUUGAAGUGGUGCUAAUUGAUUUAUUAAUGCAAUAAGAAAUAUGGCGGAUGAUACUUGGCAGUCAAAGAGCUCGGGAAAGAAACCUUGUAGAGCCUGCGUGGACUUUAAAACAUGGAGCAAACAACAGAAACAAAAUAAUACUGGCCAAUCUUCAAAAUCAAGCAGCCCCAAAGUCACAGAAGAGGCUCCCAAACCUCCUGCUGACUGUCCCGUGGAUAAAGAUCAGUUGGGCAGAGCUACUUGGACCUUUCUCCAUACAAUGGCAGCCUAUUAUCCUGAGGCACCUUCAACCAGUCAGCAACAGGAGAUGGCCAUCAUGAUGAGGACAUUUUCAAAGUAUUACCCUUGUGAUUACUGCAGCCACCACAUGAGGGAAUGGAUGAAUUCUAAUCCACCAUUAACAAAGGACAGAUCUUCCUUCAGUCAGUGGAUGUGUUCAAUGCAUAAUGAAGUUAAUGUGAGACUGGAUAAACCAAUCUUUGAUUGCAGUAAAGUGGAUGAAAGAUGGCUCCAUGGAUGGAAAGAUGGAUCCUGUGACUAAUAAGAACAAAUCUGAUUAUAUUUAUCUAUCAUUGUCAGUUUUUCAAUAUUAUGAUUAUUUAUUAUUUAUUUAUUGUUUGCCAAAGUUUCUUGCUUGGAAGCCA